AUGUGGGCAUACGGACUGCUACUGAGGCGGGGGAAACCGACGCCCCCGGCGGGGGAAACCGACGCCCCCGGCGGGGGAAACCGACGCCCCCGGCGGGGGAAACCGACGCCCCCGGCGGGGGAAACCGACGCCCCCGGCGGGGGAAACCGACGCCCCCGGCGGGGGAAACCGACGCCCCCGGCGGGGGAAACCGACGCCCCCGGCGGGGGAAACCGACGCCCCCGGCGGGGGAAACCGACGCCCCCGGCGGGGGAAACCGACGCCCCCGGCGGGGGGAAACCGACGCCCCCGGCGGGGGAAACCGACGCCCCCGGCGGGGGAAACCGACGCCCCCGGCGGGGGAAACCGACGCCCCCGGCGGGGGAAACCGACGCCCCCGGCGGGGGAAACCGACGCCCCCGGCGGGGGAAACCGACGCCCCCGGCGGGGGAAACCGACGCCCCCGGCGGGGGGAAACCGACGCCCCCGGGUCUCAGUGAUGUUCUAAGGCCUUCCAUGACAUCUUCCACUGAUCUGUGCCCGCAACUAUUGUUGCUAUGA